CUUAACUGUCAAUCGAAAUCCACUUCUUUCUUUUGUGUUCUGUUUUCCAGCUAACUAGCGAGUAGAAAUCAUAAAAAAGUGAAUAAAAUACGAAAAAAAUGAUAAUUAGACUUCCUGAUAUUGCAAAAUUAAACCUCAACUAGCAAGCGGAUGUUGAAAACUGUACUUCACUGUGGGUGUUUGUGACGUGUGCCGAAAACAAUUUUUCAAGGAAACUCCCGGAAAGGUGUUUGUUUUUCGAUUCAACAUUCAUUUUCAAUUAAAACCUUUUGAUUGGAUCCAAAAUGGACCAGGAAAAACUGUUCUCUAGCGUAGAGGAGGAGUGUUUGUACUGGAAGGAAAGAUGUUUAAUGUUGAAGCAGGAAAGAAACGAUGUACAAAGAGAAUUCGACGAUUUCACAGAGGAGUCGCGACAGUUAGAAAAAGAACUGGAAGUGACAGUCGAACAGCAAGAGAGGAAGAUCCAUGAUUUGAACCAACAGGUGAACCAUCUUCGCAUUGAAUGCGAGUCUUAUAAACGGAAGUUAACGAAUAUAGAAAAUGAAUCGAAUAAAAUUGACGCUGAUUAUAAACAGCUGAUGAAGGAGAACGAAAAGUUCAAGGUCUAUAUCCGCGAGCUAGAGCAAAAGAAUGACGAUCUAGAGCGCGCAAAUCGAGUGGCAAGCGAAAGUGUAGCUGAAUUCGAAUCGAUGCUUAACCAGGCGUAUGAGAAAAAUGCACUUCUCGAACUUGAGGUGGACGAAAAAGAACGUAUGCAAAUCAAAUUGCAACGUUUGAUGGACGAAGCGCGAGAUUUGAAGCAAGAAUUAAAGGUGAGAAAUUUUCCGAAACUGGAUGCCGAAGAUGAAACAUCAACUGACAUGAAAGAUUUAGAAGACAAAAACGUGGAGGGUUCAAGCGAUACGAAAUUUUCGGCAUCAAACAACACCACCGCAAAUGUAUGCCUCAACACCAACAAGUUGGAAAAUAUUAACAACAACAUUAAUAGCAACAAAAAGUCGGAUAACAUUAUUGUAGCCCUAGCAAAAUCUACCAGUAAACUUGACCUGGAAUCCACUACAGGAUCCCUAGAUAAUGUUGUGUCUCACAUUGACGAAGAUGCCCUUCAGCAGAAAUUAAUUAUCGAACGCAAUGGAAACAUAAAUGCCACAACUGCGCUUGUUCCCAGCGUUUUGAAUGCACCAAUGGCACCAAGUGAUCGUGUAUCUACUUUAAGUAUUGUUGCGGAUUUACUCCGGCGGCUGGAUAAUAUGGAAGCCAAAUUGAAGGCCUGGAAAAUUCGUAAACCAUCGUCACGUACCAACCUGGCGUCAAGUGCAAACCACCGACACAGCCACAGCCAAUUAAAUCACCAACUUCAACAUCUCCAUUCGUCACACCAUCAACUUAGUUCCACUGUUGUACCUGGCGGGGCUGCAGGUGGGACACCUGGUGACAGUAAUUUUUCGCUCAAUUCCGUUGGCAGUGGAGAUAAUUGCUACAAUAUUCAGCUGCAUUCCUAUCAACCCGGAAUGAGCACCAUUGGCACACAAACCUCCCUUCAGCAGCAGAACCAGCAGAAAGCCGAGCUUCGGACGAACAAAUAAGCCAACCUCUCUCACUCUUUUACUCUUAUGCGUAUACAGUGUAUUUUUUAAUUAAAUUAUUUAAUUUAAUGGCUAAUAAUUUUAAAUAAGUUUCUUCUAUGUGUGUGUUUGUACAUAUGUGUGUAGAAGGGGAAAAAGAGAGGUGCGGUAUAUAAUGAAAUGUUUGAAAUUCGUUUAGUAUUUUUUGAAACGUUGAUCGAAUUCAGUAGUUAUCGGAUAUGAUAUUGUAAAAUUGUCUUUACUUUAUAUUGAUUCAACACGAACAAAUAAGACCAGCCUUCGUCUAUAUUUUUCGAAAAUAUUUGAAUAAAAAAAAUCGUAAUCACACGCUGAGGUGCAAAAUUUGACAAAGCAUAUUCGCACUUUCCUGGAUGUACACUAUGUAACUCGCUUUUUAGAGCAUUAUAAAUAAAGUAAGAGGUCCUUGUGCUGCAGCUUCUAUAGAAAACAAAUCGAUAAUGGCUGGUGGUAACAGAGCAAAAGAAUAGACAUAAAUCAACCUAGUAACAAGUUAUUCUGAUUGCAUAGUAGGGACACCAUUACAUGGCAAAAACCUCUUUAACCAGUAUGCAUAAUAGAUACUAGUUGACAUUAACACAAUGACAGUGUAAUCAUAACGAAAGAAUGUUAAAUACAUUAUAUUUAUCGAAUAACUUGAA